AUUUUUAUUUUCUCUCUAAUGAAAUAAAGAAAAAAAAAUGAACAAUCUGCAUUCAUAUACAUCGGCUCGCUUCGGUCGCUUCCCAUCAAAAUUUUCACUCACAAAAAAAGUCCGAUGGUGGGAUCAAAUCUUGGACCCGCGCAGCAAUUUCAUCAACAGUUGGAACUACAUUUUCCUUGUAACGUGCAUGAUCGCAUUAUUUCUUGAUCCUCUGUAUUUUUUCCUGCCAAUCAUCGGCGGUGAUGCAUGCAUGGAAAUUGACUAUAAGCUCGGCAUUUAUGUCACAUUGGCUCGAACAGUCACUGACAUGUUUUUUCUGAUUCACGUCGUUAUUAAGUUUAGGACUGCUUUUGUUGCACCAAGUUCUCGAGUUUUCGGUAGAGGUGAGCUUGUUAUGGACCCUAAAGCCAUUGCUGUUCGUUACUUGAAAUCUCAGUUUGCUCUUGAUCUUUUUGCUGCUCUGCCUCUCCCUCAGACUAUAACAUGGAUGACAAUUCCAGGAAAGAGAACUCCAACUGCUAAUCAUGCCAAUCACUCAGUUUCUCUCAUAGUUCUCAUUCAGUAUAUUCCUCGAUUUUUCGUUAUGCUUCCUUUGAAUCGUCGGAUAGUUAAAUCCACCGGAAUGGUAGCCAAGACUGCUUGGUCUGGUGCAGCUUAUAAUCUCCUUCUCUAUGUUCUUGCUAGCCAUAUUUUAGGAGCAUCAUGGUAUGUCGCGUCCAUUCAGAGACAAUUUAAGUGUUGGACGAAACAAUGUUAUCGUGAAAGAAACCACACGCAUUCCCCAUCUUGCAGCAAUGUAUUUCUUGACUGUAAUUCAAAGAAUAACCCUGCACGCAUUGCUUGGUUUAGAACCACUAGUUUGCUUACUAAUUGUGAUGCCAAAAACGAUACGAGUUUUGCGUUUGGAAUAUUUGCUGAUGCCUUCACUAAUCAUGUUGCUGAGGCACAUUUCGUUAAUAAGUAUUUCUACUGUCUUUGGUGGGGGUUAAGAAAUUUAAGUUCUUAUGGACAAAAUUUGAUGACAACUACAUAUGAAGGUGAACUGCUAUUUAGUAUUGGAAUCUGCAUAAUGGGUUUAGUACUAUUUGCGCAUUUGAUAGGCAACAUGCAGACGUAUAUGCAAUCCACAACAGCUAGAUUAGAAGAAUGGAGGAUUCGGCGAAGAGAUACAGAGGAGUGGAUGAGGCAUCGUCAAUUACCUCUAGAAUUGCAAGAACGUGUUCGUCGUUUCGUUCAAUAUAAAUGGCUCGCUACGAGAGGUGUAGAUGAAGAAAGUAUCUUGAAAGCUUUGCCUUUAGACAUACGGCGGCAAAUUCGAAGGCAUCUUUGUUUAGCUCUUGUUAGACGUGUUCCUUUCUUUGCACAAAUGGAUGAUCAAUUGCUGGAUGCAAUAUGCGAACGUCUUGUUUCGUCGUUGAACACUAGAGACACGUUCAUUGUUAGAGAAGGCGAUCCAGUGAACGAGAUGCUCUUUAUAAUCAGAGGACAACUAGAAAGCACAACAACAAACGGUGGAAGGACAGGUUUUUUCAAUUCAAUUACGCUAAGAGCAGGCGAUUUCUGUGGGGAGGAAUUGUUGACAUGGGCAUUGAUCCCAACUUCUCGCUUAAACCGACCUUCAUCAACCAGAACUGUGAAGGCCUUAUCCGAAGUUGAGGCCUUUGCUCUAAGAGCAGAAGACCUCAAAUUCGUGGCGAAACAAUUCAAACGUUUACACAGCAAGAGAUUGCAACACGCUUUCAGGUAUUACUCGCAUCAAUGGAGAACAUGGGGAGCUUGCUAUAUACAAACUGCGUGGAGGCGGCAUAUGAGAAGGCAGCUGCAAAUGGAAUUGGCAAGGCAAGAGAGCUUAUUUUACGAUGCAGGCGCGGAUGGCGAAGGUGGUGGAGAUGGUAAUGAGGGUGAUAGAUCAUCAUCAGACUUUCAUGGAAGCAAUACGCAGAAUCUCGGCGUGACAAUACUUGCUUCUAAAUUUGCUGCAAAUACAAGAAGAGGAAUGCUUACUCCAAAGCAUCAUGAUGAUUCUACUUUAAAAAUGCCCAAGUUUUUUAAGCCAGAAGAGCCUAAUUUCUUUGAAGAACAUGAAGAUAGUUGAACUUUUUUUCUAGCUAGUGUAAAUUGAACCUUCUAAUUAACUUUGUAUGUUUCCUUGGUCUAUGUGUAUUUUGUGUAAAAACAUAAAUGUCGAAAAAUAUCAGAUAAUUGAUACAAUGCAGCUGAUAAAUUACAA